AGAAGAAGAAGGUGUUGAAAUGACACCAUUAAAACAAGUUAAAGCUAAAGAAAGAUGUAAAUUCUGGCCAGCAUGUGUUAAUGGUAAUUCUUGUCAAUAUCAUCAUCCAACACAACCUUGCAAAUUAUUUCCACAAUGUAAAUUCUCUGACAAAUGUUUGUAUAUACAUCCUAAUUGUAAAUAUGAUGCCAAAUGUUCGAGACCAGAUUGUCCAUAUACCCACGCUACACGUAGAUUAACACCAGCUGUUGGUCUUCCUCAAGUGUUAUCGUUACCUCAUCAAGUUAUAGUAUCAGCACCACCGUCUUACCAUCAAUCAUUAGUACCACCACCACCAACAUCAUCUAGUAAAAAACAAUGUUUAUAUUAUCCCAAUUGUACCAAUAUGAAUUGUUCAUUUUACCAUCCAACGCCAUGUCGUUUUGGAAUGUCAUGUAGAAAUAGAUUUUGUACAUAUUAUCAUCCUACUCCACCAACUAAAGAUAAAUUAAAAUGGUCAAAAUCAAUAGAUACAACUGUUGACAAAACAAAGAUAUCAACAAGUUCAUCUUGAUAUUAAUAGGAAUGUAGGAAGUAUUCAUGAGUUUAGAUGCAAAUUCCUUUUAUCUAGGAACACCAAAACUUUAUAAACAUAACACAUUAGAAUUAUUUUGUGGUAGAGUAAGUAGCAGUAACUACUGUCUACUAUCAAUUCAUACAUGCAUUUGAAGGAUUAAGUUUGAAAUAUGUAUCUUGAUUUCCAUUUUGCAUUUAUUAAAACUUUUUGUUUUUGGGGCCAUCAAAUGUAUAAACUGUGCCACAACUGUGGGCAUUUAAAUUUCUUUUGAAUUUAUUUAUUUUACUCACUUAAAUCUCACAGUCUAAUAAAAUUUGACCAAACUUUCGUUCCGUUUUUUAUUAGUUUCAGUUACCUUACCUUUUGACCAACCCUGUUUUAAUCAAUCAAAUUUCUGCACUGGCAUUUUGUGAGAGAGUGAAGGAAUUUGAUUGAUUAAAGCAGAUAUCAGAUUAGGUCAAAAGGUUAUUUAUCACACUCAUCCCUUUUUUUUUUAUCAAAGUAAAAUUUUGUGUAAUUGAUGUUUUCAUUUCAUUUGCUACCACAUGUCACUAUUUAUGAUGAAAGUUUGUGAUUUUAUAACCGAUUUUUCUGAUUUUGUUUGCAAGGAAAGAAACUAGUCUUGAUGUGCAAGGCUUUUAUCCGAUAUUUUGAUUCAAGAUCAUCAUCUUGUACAUUAUAUUGACAAUUAUUGUGAUAAUUAUUGAUCCAAUAAAUCUUAAUUUACUGAUUUUAUUCUGUUAUUUUCUUUCUAAUAUAAAAUAUGAAAUUUUAUACAAUAAUAAAUAAUCACAGUUGGAAGUAGAAAACAUAUGAAAUUUUGAUUCUAGAAAUAUGAAAAUGAAAAUAAAUAAUUCUAUUACAAAAGUUAAAAUAAAAUAAAGUUUCAAAAAUUAUUUUAAAUCCAUUCAAGUUUAUCAAUUUUUCUUUAAAAAUCUUGAAAAUCAUUAUCAACACAAUACAUUUACAUAACAUACAUGCCAAGAUUCCUUAAAUCUUACCAAAACUGUAGUGUAAACAUUAACUCAAUGACCUAACAUUGUUUAUCAAAAUUUUACAUACAAAUGAAUAUCCAGUUUUGGACAGACAACAGAGUUGACAACAAAAUACUUCAACAUUAUAAACAGAAUGUUGAUUCAAUAUACAUUUCAUUAUACAAGGACAAAUCUGACAUGCCUAAUUUACUAAAUUUGCCUGGCCAUACUUCAAAUAUACAUUAUUGUAGUAGUUCAGCCUAACUCUGAAGGUGUAUAAUCUAGAUAUAUCCAUAAACAAAAUUUCAAUAACAUGUACAUUUAAAUCUAAACCACUUUCAGGUAAAAUACUUUAGGUAGUAGGUUAUUUGGUUGCAAACAUGUAAAUUAAAGAACAGACAGUGUAUGUAUAUAACAAUAGUAAAAAAAUCUUACUAAAUACUUAAAAAUUGAGUAUUAUUUUGAUUUAUUUAAAUACAGAAGGAUGGAUUAUGACGACAUUUACCAAUAAACCAUAUCUGCAUUAAUUUAUUGGUCUUUUUAAGACUUUGGAAUACUUUGUCAC